UCUCUCUCUCUCUCCCCCCUAUUCUCUUCUCCACUCACGAAACCCUACACUAUUUCUCUCCCGAUCUGAGACUAACCCUACCUCAUCGGCCGCCAUCUCUAUCGCGCGCUCUCUCUGUCUCUCUGUCUCUCUGUCAACUCGUCUCUAUCGCGCUCGCUCUCUCUCUCUCUCUCUCUCUCUCUCUCUCUUAGUCACAUCUUUAAGUCUCUUAGAGACGCGAGACUCAUUCUCUUUCUCCAAACCUAACCAAACAUCAAUCCAAUAUCAUUGGUUUUUGGAGCGAAUCCUUGUAAAUUUUGGAGGGCUCUGGUUCAUUCUAAGUUGUUGUGCUUAGUCUCUGUGGGUUUGGAUUAAUAGGCAAAAUUGAAGAUUGUUGCGUUGCAGCUUUCUGUGGUCCGAAUUGCCUCGAAUUGUGUCUUUGGACUGAGGAUGCAGGUUUGACACUUUGUCGAAUUGGAACAAUGAUGAUGGAGAAGCCAUGGGAGUUGCAAAACAUGUUUUGUUUGCAGCUCCCUUAACUGAUACAAGUGAAUAUAUUUGGUGCUUUACCUUUUUUUUUUUUUUGGUCAUGGGUUUUAAAAUUUAAUUUCGUAGUUUUAUGAUGAUUGUGAAAUUUAAUUUGAUAGUUUAGAUACUUUUUUUUUAAAAAAAAAACAGGUUAUAGUUGAAUUUACAUAAUUUGGGCAAGGAAAACCUUUAAUUGAUGGGCUGCUUGAAAAACUGGUAUUGUUAAAAAAAUAAACAAUAUUGGGCUUUUGAAAAUUCAACAAUAUUGGGCUUUUGGAAAGAAAAAAAAAUUGAUUUUGGGCUCAACCCAGAACCGACCAAAAAACCAGAACCGAACCUUGUAUGUUCGGGUCGGCCCAACUUCGGGUUUCAUUUUUGACCCGAUCCAACCCGAGAACUGCAGUAUUGGUCGGUUUAGCCCACUGGUCAGUCAAAAUUUGACCCGACCCAAACCGUGCCCAGGCCUAGUGCUGCCAGAUCCGAGCAGCUGCGUCUGGAAAAAGUUUAGAGAGCAGCGCAAGGCAAGCCCACAGGGGACUUUCAUCGAGCACCUUGCACACAAGGGGUCGCUCAGAUAACGGCCAAGGGGUCGCUGGUGGAGUCCACGGCUAGAUUUCCGGCAUUCCAAGGGGUCGUGUGACCCCUCUUGUCCCAACGUGCGUCCGCCACUGGCUCCCACCAAAACUCCUUGACACCCGCCCGCACCCAAUCCCUUUCUCCUUCUCCUCCCCCUCCUGCUGCUACGUCAAAGCCCCUUGUAGAGGACAGGGAACUAAGAACAGCGCCAGGACUUUGAACGAGACCACAAGAGAAAGAAAAUGACCAAUCCAGUUCAGGAUUUUCAUGAAGAAGAAGAAGAUGACCAGGGCGAGGUUUAUCUUGAUGAAGCUGACAUUAUUGGCGAAGUCGAUGUUGAUGAUGAAGAUCUUCCUGAUGCAGAUGAUGAAAUUAUUGAUGAGCCUGAUGACUCCAUGCACAUAUUCACUGGUCAUACUGGUGAGCUUUACACGGUUGUCUGCAGCCCAACAGAUCCUACAUUAGUUGCAACUGGGGGUGGAGAUGACAGAGGGUUUCUUUGGAAAAUUGGACAAGGAGAUUGGGCGUUUGAGCUCCAAGGUCAUAAGGAUUCUGUUUCUAGUUUAGCAUUUAGUACUGAUGGACAAUUGCUUGCAUCCGGAAGCUUGGAUGGAAUUAUUCAAAUUUGGGAUAUCACAUCACAAAAUCUGAAAUGCACUCUUGAAGGUCCUGGGGGGGGCAUUGAGUGGGUCAGGUGGCAUCCUAGGGGGCAUCUGGUCCUGGCUGGUACAGAGGACUCUAUUGUUUGGAUGUGGAAUGCUGACAAAGGUUCCUAUCUUAAUUCGUUUUCAGGCCAUGGUGGUAGCGUGAGUUGUGGUGAUUUUACCCCCGAUGGUAAAACAAUAUGCACUGGUUCUGCUGAUGCAACUUUGAGAAUAUGGAAUCCAAAAAGUGGCGAAAACAUUCAUGUGGUACAAGGUCACCCAUACCAUACUGCAGGAUUGACAUGUUUGGCAAUAAGCUCUGAUUCAACUCUAGCUGUUACUGGUUGUGAAGAUGGUUCUAUCCAUGUUGUCAACAUAGUAACUGGAAAGGUUGUUAGUUCCCUGCCUUCACAUUCAGAUUCUGUCGAAUGUAUCGAGCUUGCCCCAAGCUUCCCGUGGGCUGCAAUAGGAAGUAUGGAUAACAAGCUAAUCAUCUGGGAUUUGCAGCAUUCGUUGGCCCGCUCCACAUGUGAUCAUGAGGAUGGAGUGACAUGCUUGACAUGGCUUGGUGGAUCGAGGUACCUAGCAACGGGUUGCGGGGAUGGGAAGGUUCGACUGUGGGAUAGUCUCUCGGGUGAUUGUGUAAGAAUCUUCAAUGGGCACAGUGAAUCUAUUCAGUCUCUCUCUGUUUCUGCCAACCAAGAGUUUCUUGUUUCAGUAUCUACUGAUGGAACUGCCCGAGUUUUUGAGAUUGCAGAAUAUAAGUAAGCAAAGAUAGCCUACUUCAUAUAUUUGUAACAAAUAUGGUCCUAGAGUUAUGUAGUACUUGUGUUCAAAGAAUCUGAGAUGAAUUCCAAUACGUAAGCUUUCCUGAUAAAAUUUUCAACAUUACUGUUC